UAGGGAGAUAAUUCCCGUGCAACGUGUAGCGCAGCCUGCCAACUUCUGGACAAGUGUCGGGAGUGACGCAUAUUUGGCCUCCGUUAGUCCCGCCAUCACGGCCAAAGAGCGUGCGCGGACUCGAACCGCGUCGUCGCAUUUAGGGCCCGAAACUCGCUCGAAUUGCGCGUCGCGCGACGUCUUGGUGGUGCACCCGCGGCAUCGCACAUCGCGUUAAUCGUCUCUUUUGUGGCUCCCGGGUGACCUGGCAGCCAUGGUCAUCGGAAUGAAGCUGCCGGCGAGCUCGCGAUGCGUCAAGUACCUCAUGUUCAUCUUCAACCUGUUCUUUGUGAUCACCGGGGUGAUACUGCUGUCCAUAGGGUCUGUCAUUCUGGGAAUGUAUCACAAUUAUCAGCACUUCCUGGACAAUAAGUUCUUUUCCGUUCCGUCGCUUCUCGUCGCAAUUGGUGCCAUCAUCUUCUUCAUCGCCUUCUUCGGAUGUUGCGGAGCCGUUCGUGAAAAUUAUUGCAUGAUCGUUACGUUCUCAUGUCUGAUGGUUCUUGUGUUCAUAAUGGAGUUCGCCGGUGGAAUUUCUGGCUACGUGAUGAGGAAUCAAGCAUCGGAAAUAAUCGAGCAGAAGAUGCACCAGAGCUUACAGAAAUACCUUACGAGUGAUGAGAUUCAUGCUGUUUGGGACGAAAUGCAGUCGGAGUUCCAUUGCUGCGGAGUCUCCAAUAGCAGCGAUUGGAGAUCAGUGUUCAAUAACGAUACUCUGCCGAAAACCUGCUGCGAAACUGACACUCAGGAAGGUAUCAACUGCACCACGGCGAAUCUUAUAUAUAAAGAUGGAUGCCGUCAAGUAUUCGUCACAUUUGCAAAAGCUCACGCAGUGCAGCUUGGCGGCGUUGGAAUCGGCAUCGCAUGCAUUCAGCUGAUCGGCAUUUGGUUCUCCAUCUUCUUGGCCAGAUCGAUUAGAAACAGCUACGAGACAGUCUAGGCGACUCAGUAGUAACUUCUGAUCCUAUUUAGAGUAGGAUAUUUUACUAAUGUGGUCUCUCUUCUCUCCUAUUGCCGAUAAGUCCCCAAAUUAGGCUGGACCGGGAUUCUCGUUGACAUUGUAAAAUAAAUUAUAAACCGGCUAGGAGUUACACAAGAGCGUAAUGAAGAUAAUUCCCUAUAACGAUAUGAAUUUUUAAUAAAUCGUUCACAAUUUCA